CUGCAGCUGAUGCCAGUCUUAAAGUCUUCCCUCCUAUAUGGGGCGAAAGUCAUGUAUUAUUAAGAGAAGAGGGGGUGAAGAAAAAAAAAAAAAAAAAAAAGAAAGGCCGUGCGUGUGGAAAUGCGUGCAUGCCCGUGGAUUUGAAGUGGAAUAUUUUUUUUGGGGGGGAAGCAAUCGAUCUAUCCAAGGCUUGAGGAGGAAUAUUGCUGAUGGUUACAAAAGAAGGCGAGAUGUCUUUCUCCCAAUUUGGAUACCCUUAUAAUGCAACCUCACAGUUUUUCGUGUCGGCAAACCCCAGUACGACUUGCUGCGAUUCGAUUUCCAGGUCGGUACCGGACGGGUCCACCACGGGAUCCCAGAACACGAGCACCGCUGCGGCGGCAGCAGCGGCAGCAGCAGCCGCCGCCGCAUCCUUUUGCUGCCCGCCCUACGAGAACCGGCUCUUGACGGGGAGUCGCUCGGAGCUCAACGCGGCUCUGGGCGUGUACGGUUCCCCCUACGCGGCGGCGGCUGCAGCCAGCCAGAACUACGCCAACUAUUUCCCCUAUGGAACAGACCCGUCAGCGGCUAUCUACUCAUCUCUGAAUCCGCAAUACGACAUGAAGGAGAGCACGGGCACUUUACACUCGGGCAUCACUCAAACCGCAGCAUACUACCCCUAUGACCCCUCCCUGGGCCAGUAUCAAUAUGACAGAUACGGGACGGUGGACUUCAACAGCACGGCCAGACGAAAGAACGCCACCCGAGAAACUACCAGCACUUUGAAAACGUGGCUGUACGAGCACCGCAAGAAUCCGUACCCCACCAAGGGCGAGAAGAUCAUGUUGGCUAUCAUCACCAAGAUGACUCUCACCCAGGUGUCCACCUGGUUCGCCAACGCCCGGAGGAGACUCAAGAAGGAGAACAAGAUGACGUGGUCGCCAAAGAACAAGGCCAACGACGACAGGAAGGAUGAAAUCAGCAAGAGCGACCAGGAUUGUCUCACCAAAGAUUCUAGCGACUGCAAGGACGAAAAGGACUUGCACCUGAGCGAUUUGGACGACAUGGACGAGGACGAUUGUGACAAGCUGGAUAGCGAAUGUGAAAAGGUGGUCUCGGACCAGCAAGACCUCCAUAGAGUCGUGGCGCUACCUGGCUCGCCCCCAAAGAGAGACUGCUCGUCUGAGCUUCACCUGAAUGUGUCCAACAGCUUCCACCACACGUUCCCCUGCGCCAUCAAACCCAGCCUCCCUCCUCUUCCAUCCGACUUCCUGGACCCACCCAAGACGACUUCGACGACAGGAAAUUUGGCGCUGUCUCACUUCGAGGUGUCGGACAAGCCAAGGAUUUGGUCUCUGGCACGAACGGCGGCUUCUGGCGUCAUCCUGAGCCCCCAGCACGCAGCCGAGCUGAGGACCGGCAACUCCAGCGGGGACUGCCAGCUCCAGAGGUUGCCCGGCGCUCCCGGUGCUCCCAGCGGACAAUGCGGGCUCAUGAGAGGCCUCCAGGAUGCUAGCAGCGUCCCAAAUGCUGUGAGUCCCUUUCCUGAGGGCCCCUCUUUGCACUCCAAAGUUUACGGCCCCAGCAGCUACAAUCACAAGGGCCUCCAACUGCACUGUCCGUCCUAUGCUGCACUCCCUGACACAUGCCAGUACGCCACUACUGAAGGAUUUUCGAACGGCAAAGCAGCAGAGACAUCACAAACAUCAGACCUCAGUGAUGCCUGUGCGACCCUGCAGGAUGACAAGGUCACUGCAUUCAGGCCCGUGAUGAAGAGGUGAAGCGGGUGAAUGGAUGCUGUACGGCAAUAACGAAGCGGGAUGAUAAUUAUGCACUAAUGGACGCACAGGUCUCAGCGGGACACUUACAGCGGGGGCUGUCAAACUGUGGAAUAUUUUGCACAACCUUUUUUUUAAUGUACGGUGUUAAAGACUUUAUGCAAAAAUCAAACAUGACAAUUUUGUAUGUGGCAAUCGCGUGUUGUUUAUUUAUUCAUUUAUUUAUUGUGCAAAUGUUUAAGCGUGUUUUAGUUUGUGUCUCCUUUCAGUGUUCUGUUAAAUAAUGUGAAUUGUUGUGGAUUUGUGUCAUUUGUCUUAUAAAAAAAGACAAAAAAUGGUCGUUUAUUAAGUUCAAUGAUGUUUUGCAGAGUGUUAUUGUGUUGAAAAAAAUGUGAACAGAUGUGAUUUAUUUUCCCUUCUUUUUCUAAAAAUACAUGUUUUUUUUCCAA